GCCAAUGAGCGGACAGCUGGGGCCGGCGCGGGGCCGAGGUCUGGGCGGAGGGCUGGCUGGCAGCGGCUGGGGCCGCGAGCGGGGAUCGCGGCGUGGAGGUGCUAGCAGACGCGGGCGGCGGCGAGUCCGGAGACCCCGGGCCAGAGCCGAGCUAACCGUAGUGGGGACCGGGGCCCAGAGCCGCGGCGGCUGCGGCCGGAGGACGAUGGCAGCGACCGCCGGGGCCGGGGCACUGAUUGCAUCCCCAGACCGCAGGCGCUGGCUGUGGUCGGUGCUUGCGGUGGCGCUCGGGCUCUUGACUGCUGGUGUAUCGGCCCUGGAGGUGUAUACACCAAAAGAAAUCUUCGUGGCAAAUGGGACACAAGGGAAGCUGACCUGCAAGUUCAAGUCUACUAACACAACCGGCACGUUGACCUCAGUCUCCUGGAGCUUCCAGCCAGAGGGGACUGACACCACUGUGUCGUUUUUCCACUACUCCCAAGGGCAAGUGUAUGCCGGGAAUUAUCCACCAUUUAAGGACAGAAUCAGCUGGGCUGGAGACCUCGACAAGAAAGAUGCAUCAAUCAACAUAGAAAAUAUGCAGUUUAUACACAAUGGCACCUACAUCUGUGAUGUCAAAAAUCCUCCUGACAUUGUUGUCCAGCCAGGACACAUUAGGCUUUAUGUUGUAGAGAAAGAGAUUGUGCCCGCGUUUCCAGUUUGGGUGGUGGUGGGUAUAGUUACUGCUGUGGUCCUAGGUCUCACUUUGCUCAUCACCAUGAUUCUGGCUGUCCUCUAUAGAAGGAAAAACUCUAAACGGGAUUACACCGGCUGCAAUACAUCAGAGAAUGUGUCACCGGUUAAGCAGGCUCCGCGGAAGUCCCCCUCCGACACAGAGGGUCUAGUAAAGAGCCUGCCUUCUGGAUCUCACCAGGGCCCAGUCAUAUAUGCGCAACUAGACCACUCUGGCGGACAUCACAGCGACAAGAUUAACAAGUCAGAGUCUGUGGUGUACGCGGACAUCCGGAAAAAUUGAAAAGACCCCAGUCAUAUCCUAAGCAAGAAACAAAUCCAAACUGGACUCUUGUGCAGAAAAUGUAGCUCAUAACCAUGUGUGGCCUUGGAAACCUGGACAUGGACAAGCACAUGUUUAUUCAUAGAGGGAGAAAAAGAAAUGUAUAAAGGAUAUGUAUAAAUAUUCUAUUUAAUCUUCCUGAUGCGAGGAGCCAGUAUUGCAUGAUGAAGAGAUGGUAUGAUUCUAAGUAUACGUAAAUUGUCUGUUUUUGUACUUCCCUUCAGGGUCAUUUACAGUUGAGAAAAUUCAGACACAUUCCUAUCACCAUCAUUUAGACGUGGUUUGCCUUAAUGGAGAUGGUAGCAGAUCUUUUAGUAUUCUAACAGACAUGGCCUUUUCAUGUAAGGGCUUAACCCGCCUUCGCGUUUAUUGUACAUGGAGAGUGGAGCUGCUAUGAUGGAAGCAUGUUCAGGGUGGCCUUUAGCCCAGGGUGUACCACCUAUUUGGCGGUUGUUUUUAGAAAGCAUCCAUUCACUAUGCCACUUGGAGACAGGGUGAGAGUUUUUGUUGCUAUUUUGCUCUCUAAAAUACAGGGCAGUUUUUAGCUUUCAGUGUUGUGUAGACUAUAACAUCACACCCUGUAAGCAUAUUGUCCCGAUGUGUGGAUUCAUCAUAGCAAGAUUAGCAAAGGAUCAGUGCCGGAAGUCACUUCCUUCCAGGUACUUUUAGAUCAUUACCAUAAUCAAUACAUAAUUGAAGUAGGGAACCCAGGCCUGGCUUGAGGAGUACCUGUACCAUUUGGAGAGCAAAAGGUGUGUUACAUUCUUUGCUCAAGUCCUUCGUACUUGUAAUAAGAGUCCCCAUACACCUGAAGGAGCUGAGUUUCAUUUCCUUUUAAGUAGGCAGAAAUGGAAUAAUUAGAUUGCCAGUCUCCAGUAUCACAGAGCUCUCUCUAGAGAAUCUUCUAUAUAAAGCUUCAGUCAUGCUUCCAGCAGGGGCAGCAUCAGUCAUGGCUUCUGUAAUAGAUUCAUGAUGCGUCCAAGGCCUUUUGAGGCUAAAAAGGGUCUAGAUUUUUAAAAUCAGCAAACAAGGCUAGUACUUCUACGUUGGGAAUCUCUUCUGUUUCUGGUUUUUUGUUCUUUGUUUCUCCCUUCCUCCCUUCCUUUUUUUUCCCCCACCCCCAUUACAUGGAAUUGAUAAACAAUGAGAGGAGGAGAAAUCUAGACAAUUUGGGCAUCCUUCUCACUUUAUUUUCUCCCAUUGACCACCGCCCCCAACACCCCAUCUCAAACCUAUGUGUUUUUUUUAACUCAGACUGAAAAGCAUGGUGAAAAUCAUUAAACACUUAUAUUGUCAUUCCCCCAUUUUCUGGAUUUUUUUUUUUUAAAGAAUUUUUUUUCAUUUAAAAUUGAAAGCCCACAGUUAGAGGAAGAAUACCGACAAUAGGGUACCAGGUCGUGUUCAGGUAAGUAGGGAUGACGGCUAAUGUUAGUUUUUCUCUCAUUUACUUUGAGGACCCCUAAGAGCUGCCUCCACCCCCACCCCACCCCCUCACCCCCCUACCUCCCCCCCCACCCCCCGUCUUGUCAUCUUUGUGAGGGAGUUUGAAGGCUGAGUUUUAAGGAAACAAAGAAGGAUUUAGAUUUAGAGGUGUGCACGAGGUGGUUAUGUAGAGAAAGGGUGCGUGAGCUAUAAAACGAACUCUGCCCCGUGCGUGCGGCCUUUUACUUGCUGAGGGACUAUUUGUUGUUAUUCGCAUGAUUCUCCAACUUACAUUCCGUUGAUAUGUACGUGAGCGGGGAGCGGGCUUUGUCAUCACACAUACCUGCCAUCUCCGAAGCUGGUGCGUCUGGCGUGCGUUGCGGCAUGGGAGGAAAACCCGCCGGCUCUGCUGCGUCUUCCUGUUCUGUGCUCACAGGCCCCGCGCAGGAGAGGGACGCGGAGCACUCAGCCCGAGACAGUUCUGCAAAGUGGUCAACUUUGCCUUGCGCCCUGAGGCUUCUCUGCCUCCACGGUGAAAACUCCAGGAGCCUUUAGGAGACAUUUUUGUGUGUUGGGAAGGCGGGGGUUGGUGCUGGGAGGAUGUCACCCUUCAGGCUGAUGCCAGGAUACUCUUGGUGAGCCCUCCCACUGUGAGAAUUGUACAGCCAUCCAGGACUUCAGGGGGAAAGAAAACACGUUGUGGUGAGACCAGGUGUGUGCAUUGAUAUGUGUAACUUCCUUACAGUCGUUUUUGGCAGAGAAAGGGGGAUCCUCCUUAUCCUCCUUUCGCAAAGGUCCAGUGAAUCUACUAUACGUACAUUCCUCACACCUCCUGAUAGCAAGAGCCCUGAUUUCCCUGCAUGUUUGUGAAGCUGCCACCCAGAGCACCAGCCCUCACUUUGGCUAACCACAGCCAUGGGCCUUCCCUCCCCUGCCUCCCCGUGGCCUCCUCUGCGGGGCAAGGGUGGUCAUCUGCCAGCUUCUUACUCUGGGUCUGUGACUGAUUUGUCUGAGGGAAGCGGCUCACACCUGGGUGGAGCACCUCAGGGUUGGGGCUUUUUCCAAAACUCUUCACACCAACUCCUGUGGAUCUUUUUGACCCUUUCUCCUGUGUCCCAGCAUCCUAGUCCCUGGACACAGAUGACAACAGCAGGGUUGCUUCCAAAUGGCAGGGCUGUCCUUUCCAUGUCUGAUUAUUGGCAGAAUGAGACCUCUUAAAACUACACAUGAUUUUUCUAAGGGGGCACCCAAAGGAUUACUUGAGAUUAAAAUUUCAAUCUAUCUGUAGUUUUUCAAUGGAAAUGUAUUCAGCUAGGUAAAAAAAAAAAACCCAUCAAGUUCAUUAAUUUUUCUUUUUCAAUUGUUGUAUUUUUGUGAAUAUUUUAAUACAUCUUUUUCAAUUAUU